AUAUUAGAGUGUUUUAAGUUACUAAAGCGACUGUAAGAUGAUGUUUUAAUUUAAUAUAACACAAUUAAUAUAAGCAGUAAUAUGUUUUUAAAAAAAGUAUUCACUUUGAUUUUUAUACGCAAAGAUGACGAAAUACUUUUAGGAUUGAAAAAGCGAGGAUUUGGUAAAGACAAGUGGAAUGGCUUUGGGGGCAAAUUAGAGCACAAUGAAACAAUUAAAGAGGCUGCAGUACGUGAAUUGAAAGAAGAAUGUUGUUUAUGUGUUAAAAUAACAGAUUUGAAAAGUAUUGGUCAUUUAGAAUUUACAUUUGAAGGAGAUUCAACAAUGAUGGACGUUAACGUUUUCGCCACUAAUAUUUUCGAAGGUACUCCAGCUGAAACUGAGGAAAUGAUUCCGAAAUGGUAUAACUGCAAGGCAAUACCUUUCGAUGAUAUGUGGCCCGAUGACAGAAUUUGGUUCCCUUAUAUGUUAAGAGAUAAGUUGUUUUAUGGCAAAUUUCACUAUCAAGGCUUUGACAAAAUUUUGAAUUAUAAAGUAGAGGAAUUACAAUCCAUGGAAUCAUUUUAUGCUAACAGAAAUGAUUACAAAUAAUAGAAACAA